CGCCGUCGUGGUUAGGCACGUAGGUCAAGUUACUCCGAUACUCCGCUUCGAGCAUUCAGUACGCGGGGAGCACUCGUACGGUGUGUGUUGUUGUCCCGUGCCUCUCUAGAUGAUCGGUCACGUGGUGGAGCCUACGCCGAGUUCCGCACGCGAUCCCGUCGCGAAGACGCGCCGCUGUCGUGGGGAAGGGAUUAAAUGUGCGCGCCGACGUCGCGAUGGACAACCCUAGCGGCGGAAGAGACGGUCGGUACGCGAGCCUCGGCUACAACAUGGGGAUGAUCGGGAGCGAUACUGGCGCGGAGAUUUACGGCCGACCGUCCACCUCCCAGCUAGCGGCGGCUGCUGCGGCGGCGGCGGCUUCCCAGAUAGGCCGCGGCGGCGGCGGCGCCACUAUGAUGUCAGCCGCGGGCGCCGCGACGCCAGGCGUCGGCUCCAUUCAGCGAGGCAUCAAGCGCACCACGUCCGACGUUUGCUACGGCGACGACGGUAACAAUCCGGCGGCGCGGCAGCAGUCGCUCUCGCAGAGCAUGUCCGCUGCUGGUGGUAUGCCAGGCGACUGCGUGCCCGAUAAUCUUGACGAGUCCUUCACCAGUCUGAGCCAGCCGAAGAAGUCGCCCCCUUCGAACGGCAAGAAGACCAAGGGCCGGGUUAAAAUUAAAAUGGAGUACAUUGACAAUAAGCUCAGGAGAUACACCACGUUUUCCAAGAGGAAGACCGGCAUUAUGAAGAAGGCAUACGAACUAUCGACGCUGACCGGUACGCAGGUGAUGCUACUAGUGGCGAGCGAAACCGGGCACGUGUACACAUUCGCGACACGUAAACUGCAGCCAAUGAUCACCAGCGAAGCCGGCAAGGCGUUGAUUCAGACGUGUCUUAACAGUCCGGACCCGCCGCCAUCAGGCUCAUCGGGCGACCAGAGGAUGUCAGCCACUGGCUUUGAGGAGACCGAGCUGACGUACAAUAUCGCCGACGAUGAGCAGAAAGAGGACGGCGCGUCACCCAGAUCCGACGUCUGCGCCAAUGAGAGUGACGGUGAGAGCAGCGACGGUGACUCUCCCGUCAUCCCCAAGGAUUCACUGAAGAACAAUCAUUCGGGAAAUGUGCCUUCGUUCUCUGCAGGGAUUAUGUACCAGGUGCCUCAGAGUGUCAUUUAUUCGCCCAGUCCAGGGGUUUUGCUCGGCAUAGGACAAAACGGGCAACCGGUGCAAAUAUCUCAAGACGGAGGUACAGUAGCACCAGUGGCGAACUCCUCACAAUCGAACCAGCCGUUCAUCACGAUACCGCUGAACGUCGCGAUGAGUGCGGCAGGACUGUCCUUACCAGUGACCUCCAGGAUGACCUCCAGGUCGCCCACGACAACGAUGACAACGACGGCGACAGCGGUGUCUGCCUGCGGUGACUUGCCUUCCGACCUGAGCAAAGAUCGGGAAUGACACGGAAAUUUUCCAACGACGAACGGAGCCUCCAACGACGAUGGCGACGAAAGUAGCAGUUAAGCGUCCGCUUUCUCGUUCGCCACAGACGGAAAUUCGUCAUGCGAAUUUGUCGGACAGAUCGCAGAAAUGGAUUCUCACGUGUGCACGAAUAUCUCCGGGCUCGUGAUACUUCCAUGUACAGGAUAAAAACCGGACAAGUAAUUCAAAUUUUCGAGCGGAUUACAAGUAACUAUGACACCAUCGUAAUGUGAGAUUCUUUGCUCCUCUUUAUGCUCUCGUUUUCAGAGACAAACGCGUUUGCAUGUUUUUGUACUAUAGAGAAACUAGGAAAACCUAGAGUCUGGUAAAGUCAUCCUUUUUCGGUUAAUAAUAUUUUUCGGUUAAUAAAGAAAGUAUAGACGUGAAUGUGAAAUUAAGUUCUCAGUAAAUACCAACUAACUAUUAUCGCGAGCAUAACAUUAAUGUUAUAAUUUCACACUUAAUAAUAUAAAUGUAAACAUUGUCGAAUGUGAAAUUAUAAUUCUAUUAUAUUGAUGUUAUUUAUCUACUACUGUUAACUGAUAUUUACUGAGAUUAAUGGACUGAAAGAAGAGCUUUUAAAUAUUGACAAUGAACUUUUUACUCUAGAAAAGAGUAAGUACACUAUUUAGCGCUACAAAAUUUUAGCACCUUAUGUUUUUGCCGACAAUUCAAUUUUUUCAGAGUUGGAUAAUAUAUUUUUUAAACUAAAUUAACAUUAAUGGAGUUAACUUUAUCAUUUAACUUUUAAUUUUUUAGUUACUUUCCAACUCUGCAUUUUUCACACAUAAAACAUAUGAAGUUGUAAGAUAGAUUCUCUUAUUUUCAGUUACGGAAGUAUUACAAACUGUUGAAAAAUAAUUAUAAACAGAAAUUAUAAGUCUUAAAUAGACAAAUAUAUUUUAAAAAUUUACUUAUAAUUUCCAUUUAUAAUUACGUUUUGUCUUCGUGAUCUUAUUGAAUACUUACGUGAUUGAAAAUAAGAGAAAAAGUACAUCAUAACUAUAUACAUAUAUUAUGAAAAAUAGAUUUGUUUACAAAAGUAUAAUUAUUUCUUAUUUCUUAUACACAUAAAUAUUAUAAGGCUCAAUUCCGUAAAAUGCAUGAUGCAUCAUUUAUCGAUGAAUUCGAGAAUAAACAAUGUACAUACAUGUACAUAAUGUACUUUAUGGAACUCAGUCAAGUUGUGCUGAAAGUUUUUUUUUAAUUGGUUGAAAGAAAAAUCGAUUUCAAAUUUUAUGUCUAGACUCCUAUGAAUCUACUUGAAUAUUACAUAAGAGACUAUAAUAAGAGGAUGAUUUGUGUGAACAAUAUUCUCACAAAAAGUACCAGUCUUAUUGUUAAGAAAAGUAUAAGUCUUAUUGUUAGAUUGAGAUUGUGAGUGUAAAGUGUGCAGAUUGUAGUUAUAAACUAAUAAAAAUGGUCUCGAAUUUUCUUUCAACCGAUAUAUACGAUAUUUGUCUAUUUGAGAAAUUUAUCUAUAAUUUCUAUAUAUAAUUGUUUAUCGCAAUUCGUGACGUUAUUGAAUAUUUCCGCUCAAAAGUUUUAGCAUCUUAUAUUUUUGCUAUUUUUAUAAAUAACAUCAAUAAAUGAUUUCAUUUUUCCUGCAUAAAAUGUGGAGCUAUGAUAUAUUUCGGAUUAACCAGAAUUUGAAAGAAUUAUGAGUUCAAAUUUAAACCGGAAAUGUAUUGUAACACCAUAUUUUAUGUACAAAAAGUAGAAUUGCUCACAAAAAUAUAAGGUGUGCUGAAACUUCUGAAUGGUAGUGUACAUUUGUAUACUACUGAUUGUAGCUUGAUGAUUAAAGAUUUUAAAAUAAAAUUUGAUGAAUUCGGUAUCUCAAAAUAGCUGUUACAUGAUAAUUCAUCAAUUGUAAUAUUCGAUAUUUCUAAAUAUUAAUAAAACUUUAGUAAUGAAAUUUUUAAACACCAUUUUGCGUAGAUAACAAAAACGGUCGAAAUUUCACUUUUUUUCAUAUUGUAUCUCAGAUCUUAUUUUGUUUUUUUUUUUACACUUAAAUAUCAUAAUUCUUUCAAAUUUAUGUACGGUUUUGAUAUCAUACAUGAUAUUUAGCCUCUUGUACUUUUUUAAACACAUACAUAAUAUAGAUCUUGUUUAAUUAAUUAAUAAAAAGUUAAUUAAUUAAUAAAAAUACAUAUUCUUCUUAAAAUCUGUAAUAAUUCUUAAAAUAAUUUUAUUUCAGCAUUAGAUGCUCGAAUCACAUAUAUCUGGUGCGCGAUACGACCGCAGCAAAAAAGAGUAUGCGUUCAAGAUAACGGACAACAUUUAUGAAAUAAUGGACGACAACUUUCCCCGAAGUAUUUAUCGAGUCAUCGUUCGAAUAAUAUCCCACCAAAAUGUAUGUUAACGAUGUUAUUGAGAGUAUCACAGAUCCGAGUGUUCUGUCAAUUAGUACUAGUUAGUUUUCUUAGUCUGGAAAAAUUCUCGGAAAUUUAGAAGAAAAUUAGAGAAUAGAAAGUUUUUUUUUCUAUUUUUUCUUGUAUUUUUCAAAAUCUUUUUCUUUUAAGAUGUUAUCUUUAUUGUACUUAUUGUCUUUUGUCAAUGUUUUAAGGUUUCUUUUAUAUAUAUUUAAAGAUUCUAAUAAGUAAUUUAUCUAUAAAAUCUGUUAUUAUCACUACAGUUAUAUUUUUUUGUAUUUGCUCGAAAAAAAACUGGAUUUUUUCCUCUAAUUUAUUUUUCCGAAAAAUCAGAAACAUAGGUAAGGGAAAGGGAGGUAAGAUGACGAAGUGGAUAAGAUGACGAAUAGCUAAUUUUUCUAAACUAAUAACAGAUUUCGACCCGGUGUUGAACUUAUUAAAGGCUUGAGAUAAUAGUGAAUUAUCUGUUGUAGUUUGGUUUCAAUCGGUCUAUAAAAGUGCAUAAUACAAUAAGAAAUGUGUUUUAGGUACACCCAUGCAUAACUUUUUGGCACUGUUAUAGGGAAUGAUGUAAUUAUAGUAAUAAAUACUUCCGGUUUUUAAAUAAAAUCAUGGCAUAGUUAAAAACGCAUAAUAAUGCAUUGAUAUUUUUUAUUUCUUGCAGUGUAAUAUUUUUAUUAAUUAAAUAAGUGAAUACUAUGAUUGUGAGUAAGAUGACGGAUGACGCAUUUGUACUUACAGAUUAUGUUCUACAAUGAACAUAAUGUUAUGCAAAUUAAGUUUGUAAUUUGUAAUAUUGAUUAUACUGGUAAUCUGUAAGUAAAUUUUAUCAUAUGCAUUUUAUUGAUUUCGUUAUUUUUACAAAAUAAAUUAGUUAUACUAUUAAUACAAUAUAUUAUUAAAUAAAUAAGAAAAUUUGUGUUUAUACAGAUAAAUAAUAAAUAGGUUACAAUGUCACUUAAUUUAACUUUUUUCGCUACUCAAAGUCAUCUUACUCACAAGAUGACGAAAUUGACAUGUUCUUAGAAAAUUAAAAUUUCUUAAAAUUCUAAUUUAGUUAACAGAUUUUAAUUUUUAUGGUAGGUACAAAAGAGAGAGACUUUAGUGAAUCUAAAAAAAUAGAUUAUUAUUUUUAUCACCAUCACAGAAAUUAGGAAAAACCGACAAAUCUAAAGCUCGUCAUCCCCCUUUUCCUUACUAUCAUUACAGAUAUUAUCAUAAUCAUAUGUUACCGUAUUUUUCGGAAAUAAAAAAAAUUUAGUUUUUAUUUGCGAUUUUAUUUUUGAAAAUAAAAACACUAGUUUAUUUAGAAAAUUAAAAACAUAAGUUCAUUAUAUGAACUUCGUUUAUAAACGAGGUCAUAUACUUACGAAAUAUGUGCAAAUUACCUCAAUGUUUUUAUCGCUCUUAAAACUUUUUUGCCAGAUUAAUUGAUCACGUUUGUUUAUCACGCCACAUGAGCCACUAGUGUUAUUAGUCAACGCGAUACGAUUGUUAUUUGUGCAAUAAUUGUGCAAUAAAUUGUAAAAUAAAAUUACAUUAAUGACUGAAAAAUGAGAAAAGAUAUUGUGCAGAAGCAAAUCUAUUGUACAAAAUACAAUGUAAAAUAAAGUAAAAAUAUCUUUAUUAAAUAUUUUUUUAAUAAAACUAAUAUUUUUAUUAAAAUUACUUUGUAAAAUUAAUAUUUUAUAUAAAUAUUUAGUAAUAAUUAUUUAAUUACAUUUUGUAUAUGAAGUAACGUGUAUCAAUGUUUCAUGUUAAAGUAGAACAUAAAUAAAAUAAAGAAAGUAAACAUAAAUGGAGUUUGUUAGGACAAUCGUUACAAAAUUGCAACUUUUACUAUACAAUUUUUUUACAUUAUUUCUAUCUAUCUUGUUAACAUUUUUAUCUUUAUUAAUUUACCUAUAUCAAUAUGAACAAUAGAUUAUAUUCUUGUGCACAUAAAAAUUAUUUAUAAACAAUUUAACAAUAAUUGUACUGUAUUUAUUUUGUUAUUUAUUUUCAAAAAAAUUAACAAGUUUACAAAAAUAAAAUUUUACCUGAGACAUGAAAAGCUAGUUAUAAUUUCAGAUAUCGUAAAUCGAAAAACUGUCACAGCGUCGCUGAUGAGUCAUCGGUGAUCUACGAUAUUAAUAUUUUACUAUAUGUUUUAUGGUUACUAUCAUGUAUUUAUGCAUUAUAGUAAAACGUAUUUUAUGAUUAUAUUUUUUGUACUGAAAUAUCUUCCAGCUUGUACACUGCAAAAAUUGAAUGAAAUUACAUAAAUAAUAUGCGUAAAACUUACACAAUUGAUAGAGAAAUAUAUAAUUUUUAAAAGUAUUUUUAUCUUUAAUUGUGCAAAUACAUUUUUACAAUAAACAAAAAAUUAUAUUUGCACAAUUAGAAAUAAAAAUAGUAAAAAAAAAUUUAUAUACCUUUACUGUAAAUUGUGUAAUUUUACACAUAUUAUUUAUGUAAUUUUACAUAAUUUUUUACAGUGUAGCAUGGAUCACCCACAUACAUGGAACCUAUUAAACUAGCAGAAAAAAUUACGACGAGAAGUAUCCAA